AUGUUGCUAGGACUAUCAAACAAGCGGGUUGCCUUGGGCACCCUUUUGGCAUCAGCGGCUGCCGCAUCCGUUGCUGCCUUUCAACCCGCGAAACAAGCCCAACGGGCUGGAGUGGCUCUGAACAUGGUUGCCAUUGACCCUAGUACUGUCACAAAGAAGGAUUACGAAGAUAUUUGUGGUGUUUCCUUUGACGAGCAGAACAUGAAGGAUCGACUUCGCUCGACCAAGUAUCUCUACCCUAAGCACGUCGAAGUCAUUGAAGAUAUUGCGCCGAUUGCUGAUGAGAUGGUGGACGCUGUCCUUUUGGAAACUGGAGAUGCGUCUUGGCAGCCACAGGAUUUUCUCCCUGACUUGACAAAAGAAGGAUGGGAGGACGAAGUAAAGGAACUAAGAGAAAUGGCAUCGGGUCUCUCCGAUGAUGUGUUGGUGGUCCUUAUCGGUGACUUGAUCACCGAGGAGGCUCUUCCUACAUACCAAACUCUUUUGAAUACCUUUGAGGGAUGCGAUGAUCCCACUGGAACCACAGACACUCCCUGGGCUCGCUGGAGCCGUGGAUGGACUUCGGAAGAGAACCGUCACGGUGAUCUUUUGAACAAGUACCUUUACCUUACUGGCCGUACUGAUAUGCGCAGCAUUGAGGUCACAAUCCAACACUUGAUUACGAAUGGAUUCAACCCAGGGGCUCAAAAAGAUCCUUACAGAGGAUUUGUGUACACUUCAUUCCAAGAACGUGCCACCAAAGUCUCUCAUGCCAACGUGGGAAAAUUGGCCCGAAGAGAGGGCGACACUCGUUUGUCCAAAAUCUGCAACAAGAUUGCAGGAGACGAAGGUCGCCACGAGAAAGCUUACCAAACAUUCUCGGAAGAAAUCUUGGCCCGUGACGCUGAUGGCUUGUUGAUGGUUUUCGGAGACAUGAUGCGAGGACAAAUUACCAUGCCUGCCGAGAAUAUGUGCGAUGGAGUCAAUGAUCACCUCUACAACGACUUCUCAACCAUUGCUCAACGCAUUGGCGUUUACACAGCCAUCGACUACGCGGAAAUCAUUGAGCAUCUUGUGAAGAGGUGGGAUCUUGAGAAGAUCGAAGGGCUCUCGUCUGCAGCGGAGAAAGAACGUGACUACUUGUGUCGUCUCCCCGAGCGAUACCGCAAGUUGGCGGAACGUUCCAUGAACAAAGCUGCAAAGGCUGGUGUUGAGCAGGAAAAGAAGCCCUUCGCCUGGCUUCAUGGCAGAGCAGUUUAG